AUGUCAUCUACCAACAGCCAGCAAACGCUAUUCGCRAGACUCACAAAUGACCCCAAGUUUAUCAACGGCUCUCCGGAAGACAAGAUCAAUGCUCUCCUCGGCAUGUCAAGUCCGGACGAUGUUCGCCUCUUAUCGCAAUUCCUGACGGAAGAUGUCAAGCUGGUGUCGUACAAGCAGCUCUCCCCGACAACAUCGUCUGCUGUUUUUGCUUUUCGAGUCGAGAGAUUCUACUGCAACUUCAGCGGAAACUUGCAUGGAGGGGCUGCCGCCACCUUCUACGACGUUUUGACGAGUAUCCUUCUGCAGGCUAUUGAUGCUCCUGGCUCUUGGGGCAACGCUGGGGUUUCCAGAAGUCUGAGUGUCACAUAUCUGAGGCCGGCGCCGGAAGGAAUCAUGGUCGAAUGCGAUGUUGAGGUCGUGCAUUCCGGAAAGUCUCUUGCCUUUUUGAGAGGAUCAAUGAAGCGUCAAGAUGAUGGCAAGCUCAUCAGUACCUGCGAGCACGACAAGGCCGCAGUUAAGAUCAAGGCCGGUUUCGAAGUGCCCUCCCCAAAGCCAGCAAAAAUGUAA